GGAGUGCGAGCGUAGCAACGAAAGUGUUUCCGUUGGUAUCUUUCGUCAAUUUCUCUUGCUUGCGUCUGCCUAAAGAUCACUUGUUCUUGGAUUCGACUCUGUUUCGAGAAACCUGCUGCUAGCUACCGAGAUGAAUUCAUAUCCAUCACGAAACCAGCUGCAACAAGCUACAAGCACAAGCAAGGACACUGGCUUGCCUACGUCUAAUCCUCAUUGGUUGCAUUCCUAUUUCCCUGUUUCAAGAACUACAGGCAUUGAUCUUUCUCAAGCCCCUCAACCAGAACCUGCGGAAGUUGUCAUGGUGCCUCAAGUUCGCAUGUUUCCUCCUCUUACAAGAGAAUCUAGAAACGAUAUGGAGCAGAAGUCCACGAAAGCGCUGAAGCCAAAACCACAAAGUAAGAAACGCUCUGCACCCAAAACCCCAAAGAAGACAUUGAGCAUCCCGGAAACAAAGCGUGAGAAGAAGAAUCCUGACAUCAACGUUGUAGACAUCUCAAGCUUCGAUGUUUCUGGGGUUCCUCCUCCUGUCUGUUCCUGUACAGGCGUUUCAAAGGUUUGCUACAAAUGGGGCAUGGGCGGUUGGCAAUCCUCGUGCUGUACCAUUAGCAUAUCGACAUUCCCACUACCUAUGAGUACCACAAGACCUGGAACUCGUCUCGCUGGAAGGAAAAUGAGCAAUGGUGCUUAUGUCAAGCUCCUUAUGAGGCUUGCUGGUGAAGGCUAUGACCUCACCCACCCGGUUGACCUCAGAAACCACUGGGCCAGGCACGGUACUAACAAAUUUGUGACCAUCAAGUAGUCGUUUCAUCAGUUAGGGUUUGGUUUUAGGGUUUAGCUUUUGUGGUUUCCGUUUUAGUUUUACCUUUUUGUACAUAUGUUGCGUAGUGGCUUGAAAAUCAUGAAGGAGAUUCCAGUGUCGAUGAUAGGACAAGACAACUUCUUAGUUUUUAGAUGUGAAUGUUUCUUAGUACUGCAACAAAUUGGUGUCAACAUUGUUCGGUGGAAACCGGAACAAAACAACACAAUAGAGUAUUG